AUGAAGACUUUGUGUUCCUUUCUUCAGAUCAGCAGAAACAUGCAUCAAGGAAACCAAACCACCAUCACUGAAUUCAUUCUCCUAGGCCUCUCCAACCAGGCUGAACAUCAAAACCUCCUCUUUGUGCUUUUGCUGGGUAUGUACCUGGUCACUGUGGUUGGGAAUGGGCUCAUCAUUCUGGCCAUCAGCUUGGAUACAUACCUUCACACCCCCAUGUAUCUCUUCCUUGCCAAUCUAUCCUUUGCUGGUAUUUCCUCCAUUUCCAACUCAGUCCCCAAAAUGCUGGUGAGUAUUCACACCAACAGCCAAUCCAUCUCUUAUGAGAGCUGCAUCACACAGAUGUACUUUUCUAUUGUGUUUGUCGUCACUGACAAUUUGCUCUUGGGGACCAUGGCCUACGACCGCUUUGUGGCGAUCUGCCACCCUCUGAAUUAUAUAACUCUCAUGCGGCCCAGGUUCUGCAUUUUGCUCACUGUCAUCUCGUGGCUCCUCAGUAAUAUUAUAGCUCUGACACACACCCUUCUGCUCAUUCAAUUGCUCUUCUGUGACCACAACACCCUCCCACACUUCUUCUGUGACUUGGCCCCUCUGCUCAAACUGUCCUGUUCAGACACAAUGAUCAAUGAGCUUGUGUUGUUUAUUGUGGGUUUAUCAGUUAUCACCUUCCCCUUUGCACUCAUCUUCUUCUCCUAUGUCUGCAUCAUCAGAGCUGUCCUGAGAAUAUCAUCCACACAGGGAAAGUGGAAAGCCUUCUCCACUUGUGGCUCUCACCUAACGGUUGUAUUACUGUUCUACGGAACCAUUGUAGGUGUGUACUUUUUCCCCUCCUCCGUUCACCCUGAGGACACUGAUAAGAUUGGUGCUGUCCUAUUCACUGUGGUCACACCCAUGAUGAACCCCUUUAUCUACAGCUUGAGGAAUAAGGAUAUGAAAGGUGCCCUGAGAAAGCUCAUCAAUAGAAAACUUUCUUCCCUUUGA